AUGCCUUCGCCUGGUUGUCCUCCCUUGAAAAUCUCAAGCGCCACGAUGCAGCCCUCGGAGACCACACCGCGGCUGAACGAGAAAGCGGGUGACCGCACGCUCUUCGACUUGGUAAAGGAUGACGAACGUUGGGCGAUUCUCCUCAAGGACCGAGAAUCCCAGUUCACCGGAGGUGACAGGCUUGAGUACCAGUACCAGGUCUACCUGGCGGAAGUCGCUGCCCUGGCUCAGGUCGGCGUGGCACGUUUAGGUGCAGGUGCUGUCGUUCACAAUUCGCAGCACCCCUCGGUCAUGGCUUGGAAGAGGAAGCUGCACGUAGUGAUCGUGGUCUCCGUGUUCGUGGCUUGCGCUGCGGGCAUGGCCAUGACGCAUCUGUCGAUGUCUCCGUCAGAGUACAAGAGGAACUGGCUGAUUUUUAUGGGUAUUCCGCUGCUCUGCAUAUUGCUGGUAGGCACCUCCAUUAUCAUCAUGCUCAUGGAGACCACCAGCAGCAACCACGUCGUAAGUGUCAUAAGCCAGGAGAAACCUGAAGCCCGAUGUGUUUGGGCACCAAGCAGGUAUGACAUGCUGCAGUCGAUGAGCCCUCAGUUUUGCUGCUUCCACAUUGAGUCAGGCAGAAAGGAGAUGUCUAAAUCCCUUCCGGCACUGCAAACAAGCCUUUCUGCGUCACGUGCUCAUGAUUCCAUCUCGCCGACUUGCCUAUGUUGCCUUGAAGACUUCCGGCCGGAGAGCGAAGUGGCCCUUCUUCCAUGUGGCCACGUCUUCCAUGAAGAGUGCAUUACUUCAUGGUCCAUGUCUCCAUCAAAAUCUGCCAGAUCGUGCCCAGCGUGCAGGGUGCACUAUGACGAGGAGUCCGUCCCGGUAUAG